CCCUUUCCUCUACCCUUCCCUCCCCUGGUCUGGCUGGCAGUGGGCACUGGCCUGGGGGGCAACUGCACAGGCUGUGUCAUCUGCUCUGAGGAGAAUGGCUGCUCCACCUGCCAGCAGAGGCUCUUCCUGUUCAUCCGCCGGGAAGGCAUCCGCCAAUACGGCAAGUGCGUGCACGACUGUCCACCUGGCUACUUCGGCGUCCGUGGCCAGGAAGUCAACAGGUGCAGAAAAUGUGGGGCCACGUGCGAGAGCUGCUUCAGCCAGGACUUCUGCAUCCGGUGCGAGAGGCAAUUUUACCUGUACAAGGGGAAGUGUCUACCCACCUGCCCGCUGGGCACUGUGGCCCAUCAGAGCACACGGGAGUGCCAGGAGGAGUGUGAGCUGGGUCCCUGGGGCAGCUGGAGCCCCUGCAGGCACAACGGAAAAACCUGCGGGUCAGCCUGGGGCGUGGAGACCCGGGUCCGAGAGCCGAUUCAGACCGGGCGGGAGGAGGCAACGACCUGUCAGGUGCUGUCUGAGUCACGGAAAUGCCCCAUCCAGAGGCACUGCCCAGAAGAGAGAAACCCCAGCCAGAAGAAGGGUCGGAAAGACCGGCGCCCUCGCAAGGACAGAAAGCUGGACCGCAAGCUGGACGGGAGGCCCCACCAGCCACCAGCCUGA